AUGAAGCUCGAAGGGAAGCUGUCCUGGGAGGAGCCCGCGACCGCGAAGAAGUCCCUGAAGCUCAAGAACCAGAUAGAGGAGCUCCUUGGCCCGGACCUGGGCGACGUCGACGACGACGAGUGUUGCCCCACUUGCCUCGACCCCUACGACGACUCCAACCCGAAGAUGACGACCCGCUGCGGGCACCACUUCCACCUCCCGUGCAUCCUCGAGUGGCGGGAGCGCUCCCGCGCUUGCCCGGUGUGCGGCAAGAAGCUCAAGGUGGACGGCCUGGAGCUCUGA